UUUCGGGGGGAUUGAAUGAGAAAACCAGUAUGAAACUAGGGUAUUUACGUGAUCUGCCUUGAAAUGGCCUUCCUGUGCUAGAGAGAGAUUCCCUUUUCCUUGUCAAUCAGGUUUUAUACUCAACUGUUGACACAGAAGGAGAGAUCGGUAGAUUUUGAAAAUUUAAAAUAAAAUGAAGGAUAAAAGAGUCGCAAUACUCUUUUUUAAAAACGUUGCAAGUUUUUUAUCCCUUUUUGGGUAGAAAACGUGGUUUUAAACAUCCACAGUUGAAAAGAGCAUUCCAUCCAUUUUUCAAAAGGAGCGAAAUUAAACUAAGGAAGGUAAAGGCCAUUGUUGAGGAAUGCAGGGAGGAUCAACGGGCGUCGGUUAUGGUCUCAAAUACCAGGCCAGAUGCAUUGUAGAUGUCAAGGCAGAUACAGAUCACACCAGCUUCAUUGCCGGUACUCUCAGCCUCAAGGAGGAAAACGAGGUCCAUUUGAUCAGGCUUUCUUCGGCUGGAACUGAGCUCAUUUGCGAGGGUUUGUUUUCUCAUCCUAACGAGAUCUGGGAUCUCUCCUCCUGCCCCUACAAUCCCCGAAUCUUCUCCACCGUUUUCUCAUCUGGUGAGUCAUAUGGAGCAGCUGUUUGGCAAAUCCCGGAGUUAUAUGGGCAAUCAAAUUCUCCACAACUGGAACAACUUGCAUCCCUUGAUGCCCAUACUUGCAAGAUCAAAUGCAUUCUGUGGUGGCCAUCUGGAAGGACUGAUAAGUUGAUUAGCAUUGAUGAAAGAAAUAUUUUCUUGUGGAGAUUGGAUUCUGCAAAAAAGACUGCAAAGGUACAAUCUCAGGAAACUGUUGGUAUGCUGCAUUCCUUCUCUGGUGGAGCAUGGGAUCCACAUGAUCAGAAUGCAGUUGCAGCAACAUGUGAUUCAUCAAUCCAGUUUUGGGACAUAAGGAUGAUGAAGAAGACGAAUUCAAUUGAGCAUGCACAUGCUCGCAAUGUGGAUUAUAACACCAAAAAGCAGAACAUUAUUGUCAGUGCAGAGGAUGAAUCUGGAAUACGUAUUUGGGAUCUUAGAAUGCCAAAGAUUCCUAUCAGAGAGCUUCCUGGUCAUGCACAUUGGACUUGGGCUGUCCGGGUUAACCCAGAAUAUGAUGAGCUCAUUUUGAGUGCAGGAACAGACUCAGCAGUCAACUUAUGGUUUGCUUCUGCUACUAGCAGUGAGGAUUCAAAAUCUGAAAGUCUGCUAGAGUCACCUACUCGGAAGGUUGAUCCAUUACUUAACUCAUAUAAUGACUAUGAAGACAGUGUUUAUGGCCUUGCAUGGAGUUCUCGUGAACCUUGGAUUUUUGCAUCGUUGUCAUAUGAUGGAAGGGUGGUUGUAGAAUCGGUCAAGUCUUAUCUCCCACGGAGGUGAAAGCCAGUCUCUUAUGGUGGGGGGAAGCUGGUAAACCCCCUUCUUUUUAUGAAUUGUUAAGAUACAGCAAUUUCCAUCUUCUGCUGCUUUCGUUCUGGAUUCCUUGGUGCUGCUGAAGAUCAUACAACAACUCAAGAUGUUUUGUUCUAAUUCUAUUCAGGAUGUGUUGCAAAUCUCAUAUACCAUCAAGGCUGGUUUGGUUCUUGACUGAGAAUGUAAAUCUUAAUUUUUUUUUUCUUUUGAGGCUUAGGCGGAUACUUUUUUUGUAUGAAAGUUUGUCGGCUGUGAAUUAAAAUAUAAAAAGAGGAUUCCAAAUCCUUGUAUCUGAUGUAAGAGGCUAGAGUUCCAGUAAAGCUUCACUAAUCUGAUACAAUCUUGUGGAUAUGUAGUUUGUGGACAUCACGCUUUUUAAACCAAGCUAGAUCUUGUAAUGUUCUUGCUACAUUGGCUGUGAAUUAAAAUAUAAAAAGAGGAUUCCAAAUCCUUGUAUCU